AAAGGCAAGUCUCACCAACGUCAGAACACACACUCCGCUUUGUUGCGUUAACCUAGGGCGCACAACUAUUUCAAAACGAUGGACAGAAGCAGCAUCUCCGCUGGCGCACAGACCGCCUCCGUCCCUGCUCCGCACCAGCACAGCUGUCCCACCAUGGAUGGGUCUCAUUUUCAUGGGAAGGUGGAUGGACAGUGUGCCGGGUCCUCUAAAGUCUUGCUUGCUUACAAAAACGCGUCGCAGCAUCUGAGUUCCUCAGGGAUAAAAGCAGGCUUGGGGAUACUUAAACUCGCCACGUCUCAGUGGAAACAGGAGAAGAAGACGCGGUCAGGGUCCACCAUGAGGCAACUGUCCUCUUCAAACAGCAGCCAUCCCCUCAAAAGAUCUCCCCUGGAUCAGCUAGCAGCUCUGGUUCUUCACGGUCAAACCCGCCAGCGCCAGAUUAGCCAAGAGCACCGACAAGACUCUGUUUCCUGCACUAAGCCGCAGAACUGUAAGCGCAUCGUGGUUCUUGGUGCGCCACGGGUAGGAAAGUCCUCCAUCCUGAGAAGAUACCUUCGCGACGGAUUUGUAGAGGACUAUAACCCAACCUCCGAGGAUUUCCUCAGGAAACUCUUUCGUAUCCGAGGAGAGACCUACCAAAUCGACAUCCUGGAUGCGUCGAGGGAGAGGGAUUUUCCAGCCAAACGGCGGCUGUCCAUCCUCACUGGAGACAUAUUUCUUCUUGUCUUCAGUCUGGAUGACCGGAGCUCUUUCGAUGAGGUGUGCGCACUGCGAACGGAGAUUCUGGCUGCAAAAUCCAAACUCACCAAAUCCUCUGCACCAGAGCAGUGCGCACAGCUGCAAGUUCCCCUCGUGAUUUGCGCCAACAAAGUGGAUCUCCUGGAGUCUGAGAGAGAAAUAUCCAAGGCAGAAGUGCUUCAAGCUGUCGGUGAAGACUGCGCCUACUUUGAAACAUCUGCAAAGGACAGCACAAAUCUCGAGAAAGUCUUCGAAUCUUUGGCAAAGCGAGGUGGACUCCCGGCUGAAACUGGCCCGUCUCAGCACCGCAAACUCUCCCUCAGGUCGUAUCAGGCAAUGCGCACGGGCCGUGUGCAGGGGGGAAGGGGGAACCGGAACCUGGGAGGCGAAGAUGCAUGCGGUGCCUUGUACCCACUGGCCCGGCGGCCGAGUUUUAGCACAGAUCUGCGGCAGGUGAUUGGACCACAUACGGCGAGGAAGGCCGGCAAAGGACUGGACAAAUGUCAAAUUCAGUGAGAGACAGUGAGAGCACGAGGCCAAGUGUUACAGAGCGAAUUAAACAAUAAAAGCACUGACUUUAUUCAGAUGCAUUCAGGUUGUCUAAUUACAUGAACCUUGAGAUUUUUUAAAAAUAAAAUAUUUUGAUAGAAAAA